AUGCAAGGCACAGCUGGCGCUGACGAGGCCAUGGAGGAGGCGAACUUAGGGAGCUGGAAGUUGCCCGCACCCGCAUCUUCUUCCUGGUAUGCUACCGCUGGCGACAGCGCCGCCGAAGCAGGGCCAAGUGUCAGCAGCGGCCUUCCUCGACCUUCGCUCUCUUCGUCGUCCAGCACAACAGUAUCGAGUGCAAGCAGCAUACGGGGAAAACGGUCAACGAAAGGAAAUGUGCCGAACGCAUGCGCACACUGCAAGAAAGCCCAUUUGGCUUGCGAUCUUGAACGGCCGUGCAAGAGAUGCGUCACCUUAGGCAAAGACCCCGAUAGCUGCGUCAAUGUCCAGCACAAAAAGCGCGGUCGACCUCGUCUGCGUAGUCGAAACAGCGCAGAAGGCGGCGAAUUGCAGGAGCAGCUGUCGACACUGUCACGUGCGCCUCCGUCGACAAGCUCGCAUCAUCAAUGCAUGUUACUGGCUCAAUUGCCUCCGCUCGUGACGAGUAUGGGCACGGACGCUGGGCGUAUCGCGCCGUCACCCAGAUAUUCGCCUUACGACGCACCGAAAUUAGUGCCCAGGCAUUCGGACCCUUCGUCUCUGGGAGCACCAUCAGCAUUUGCGGGCAUGUCCGCACCCAUUGCGAAUGCGCGAGGCAAGCUGAGCAGGAGCCGCAGUCUACUAUCUCCAGGCGAUCAUGUCAUUCUCCCGCCGCUGGUGCCCAUGGCCUCAUCAUAUGAUACCACAGCCGACCACCACAGAGGCUUGCGUGUGACGGCGGUUCCGAGCGGAUACUCUACACCACCCGAGCGGAUUGUGCCACCUCCAUCACUAUCACCUAUUGCCUGUUCCGCUAACACAGUACCUUGGCACCCUGAGUCUCGCUUACCCAACACUGAGCCGCAUGGACCAGCGGUGAACGCUUCGAAGCGUCGCUCGCUGGCAGCGUUCGACGACCGGGUUGCUACGAGACAGGUAAACGCGCCAGCAUCAUCGAGCCGGGUCACCUCAUCAGAAGCUUCUGCAUGGCUUCCCAACGCCAGGACACAAGGUGCAUAUCCUGCUCCCACGACACGGACCCUCCCCAGCCACUCGACAGCCUACGGCUCCCGUGUACUGCCUGCGGAAGGCUAUUCUAGUGCUCCGGCGCGGCCACCACCGCGGUUUCCCACUUCCUCUUCGAAUCUUGCGCUUUCUAGCACGCAGCCUCGACCACACCUAGCUGCUGAAGAUGUCGACGAUGUCGACCUUGUCGGAUUACUUGUCUGCACCACUGGCCUCGUGUGCCUUCGAAGUUCAGAGGAGUUACGAGCGCUGCUUGGCUACUCUGAGCGCGAUUUGGUCGAGAUGUCCCUUCACAGCAUAUUGCAUCCCAGCGAUGGGCCAAAACUCGAGCGUCUUUGCGCGGACCUGCUGAGUCCCGUCGGAAUCCCCGCCAUGGCCAUCCUGCCGCGCAGCGCGACGAUAGAUGUUCGCGCCGCCGAUGCAGACCAACUUGCCGUACCAGCCGCAGGGACCAUCUUUCCUUCGAGCCAAAUGCGUCUCAUCAGCGCCGACUCGAGCGUGCUUGACUUCGUCGUCCAGCUGCACCUCGGCGCUUACCUUGGCCUGGAGCUUCACCAGCCGUCCACGUUGAGCCGCUCAGACAAAUGCGGGGGCCAGCGUCCAAGGCGCCUACGGACGACCGAGGCCAGCUUCUCUCCAUCAACACAGCGGAUCGGCGCAUUGGGAACAGCGCCGAACAGGAUCUUUGUCACCUCGCGUAUCGCGUGA